AUCGGUUUGGUCCGAAGAUCCAGGAUCCGAGUUAUCGGGCCUGAAUUCAAACAUCGUGGUCCACUGUUAUUACUUGGGGCAUUCAUGGUUUUGACGACAUAACACACCUGUCUUGAAGGAUCAGGGAGUCAUCUAGUCUUCAUCAUAGACAAUGAGUGGCUCAUCAUCCGGCGGCAACCGAGCGCCUGAUUUACCGUCGAAUCUGGGUUCAAGCAGCUCAUCCACUAUAUCGUCCUUGAGGAAUACGGCCCUGACGACUCGACAGCAAGAGAGCUAUCACUCUUCAGACGAACGGACCAGUCUGUUAGGUCCGAAUCGAGCGGAAAGCUCGACAGCAAACGGCGACACAUAUCACACUGGAAGGUUCCUGAAAGAUCAUUCUGGGGAACGGAAUCCCGAACACAGCUCUUCGGGAAACGAGCUGAAUGCUAGGGAAGAAGGGCAUGAGAGUGGAGGAAGCAAGGACGCGUCAAUACGUAACUAUGGUGCUGCGACUCCGGAAGAUCCUGAAAUCAGACCGAGACGUAAACGAGACGCUACUUUGGCUGUGGCCAGAAAGAUUAAGCAGAGGUCUAAAUACUAUGUGCCUGUCACGGAAUGGCUGCCAAAUUACAACUGGUCAUUAUUCUCUGGAGACUUUGUCGCCGGUAUCUCGAUAGCAUGCCUUCUUAUCCCGCAAUCUAUGUCCUACGCCAGUGGUCUGGCCAAAUUGAACCCCGUUGCCGGUCUUUGGUCUGCCUCUGUUCCAGCACUAGUCUACGGUAUACUCGGGACAUGCCGGCAAAUGUCCUUAGGACCCGAGUCGGCGUUGUGUCUCAUCAUUGGUCAACUCAUCCAACGAAAAAUAUACGGCGACCCACAUAUCAUCCCUGAGCAUCCUGAAUUGGAAGCUGCCGCGAUAUCACUCAUGACGACAGCUCAAUGCUGUAUCAUCACCCUGGCCUUAGGCUUAUUGAGACUCGGUUUUCUUGAUGUCGUCCUGUCUAGAGCUCUGCUGCGAGGCUUUGUCACGGCCGUGGCUUGUAUCCUGGUCAUCGAGCAGGUGGUCCCGAUGCUUGGCUUGGAAUCCGUUGUUGCCAACGAUGCGCCUCAUCAACCUCUACCAAAACUCAUCUUCCUCCUUGAACGCUUAAAACACGCUAAUCCAAUCACCGCCGGCAUAGCAUUCAGCUCGCUCCUGAUUCUCAUCGUCGUGCGCGUCAGUAAGGGUUAUAUCGUACAGAAGCAGGGAGGAAGGUGGGUCAGGUACGUCCCUGAGAUUCUCAUUGUCGUUGGCGCGGCAACUAUUCUCACCGGCGCUUUUCGGUGGGACGAAGAUGGCGUCGCUGUACUGGGCAAAGUCAAUGCUGGGAUCGGCGUUCCAUUCGGACUGCCUCUGCGGAAGAGACAAUGGAAGUAUUUCAACUACACUUUUCCCACUGCUUUUGUCAGUGCUGUCGUUGGCAUAGUCGACUCUGUAGUUGCGGCAAGGGAGAAUGGAUCAAAGUACGGCUAUGCAGUCAGUGCGAAUCGAGAUCUCGUAGCAAUUGGUGCCGCCAAUCUCGUUGCUAGCAGUCUCACUGCCACUGGUGGUGUACCUGUUUUCGGCUCGAUCACUCGGUCUCGACUUAAUGGCCUAAUUGGGGCCAGGUCUCAAAUGGCCAGUAUCAUCACAUCUAUUUGCAUGAUCUUGUCCAUCUUCUUCUUACUGCCGUAUCUGUAUUUCUUGCCAAGAGCUGUGCUGGCCGCUAUCAUUUGUCUCGUUGUCUAUGCCUUACUCGCCGAUGCACCAGAAGAGAUUGUCACGCUCUGGCGCUUGAAAGCUUGGAGAGACUUUGCUCAAAUGACGGGAACCUUCAUCCUCACAUUGAUUUUCUCCAUCGAGACUGGCCUAGUCGCCAGUGUCGUCUUUUCUCUUAUCCUUGUGGUUCAGCAAUCUACCCAAACUCGAAUCAAGAUCCUGGGCCGACUACCGAACUCCGACGAGUGGGUCCCCAUUGACGAGGACGAGUCGGCUCAGGAGGAAUUUGAGGGAGUGCUGGUUGUGCGCAUUAGGGAGAGCUUGAACUUUGCCAAUACAAAUCAACUCAAAGAGCGUCUCAGGAGGCUCGAGUUGUAUGGUCCACAAAAAUCACACCCAUCUGAUGUGCCACGGCGGGAGUCUGCCAAAGCCAUCAUCAUACACAUGGGAGAUGUGGAUGACAUGGACGCUUCAGCCGUACAGAUUCUACAUGAAUUCGCGGCCGCGUAUACUGAUCGAGGCGUUGGGAUCCAUUUUGCUCACUUGAGACAGAGUCAAGUGGACAAAUUUAAGAUUGUAGGAAUCACGACGAUGUGCGGGCCUAGCCACUUCCAUGCCACUCUUAGGGAUGCCAUGAAGGAGAUUGAGAGCUUGGGUUAUGGGCAGAGUCUCGGAUCUAGAUAUACCUAGAUGAGGUUGCAUACUUUGUAGCAUGAUGCCACAUUCUGGCUCGCCAUCCCUCAAAGCAUUUUUGAAUACUCG